UGUGAGCCUCUUAUAUAUAUUUGGGUACUUCUGGUUCUCUCUCUUCACAAACCACAACAAACCCAGCUCAGUAGAUCACUGUUGGACGUCCCAAAAAAUGGUUGCCCUAGUAACCCAGCAAAACCCAGCACCUCUAGGAGAAAAGGAAGAACAAUUCCAAGACCAAGAUCCCUACGAAGCUGAGGAAACCCUAUCUCUCUGCGAUCUCCCCAGACACAGUGACUCAGCUUGUUGGGAUGACUUCUCCAAAGACUACCAAAGCUCAUCGUUCGACCGCGACGAAGACAACUUCUUUGAGUUCUUCAGCGAGGAGUUCACCCCCUCGACGUACCCAGCAGAGAAGGACAUAAUCUUUUGUGGAAAACUCAUACCCUACAACAAAGAAGCACCAAAAUUUGCAGCAGAAAAAGGUCAUCAGAAGAUCAAGAGCCAAGAAACCGGAAGCAACGCGAGAAGCGUCAACUUUUCGAAGAAGAAAGGAUUUUUUAGGUCGUGGAGGUCUUACCACUUCCACAAGGUAACCAAACCCUCCAAAACGGCCAAGACUUCGAAGCCGGAAAGUCCCACACCGACAAGUUACAGAAAGUGUGAGGUGAAUAAAGUGUCUAUACUUUCCAAAACGCCGUCGAAGUCUAAGUGGUAUGUUUUGAUGUUUCAAAUGGCGAGGCUUCCGUCGGAGAUGGAGCUGAAAGACAUAAAAAACCGGCAGAGCCGGCGGAGCCCUUCGACAAUGUUUAGGUCCUUUGAUGAAGAGAGUGAUGAGAUUGCCGGGGCUAAGGGUACUAAGGGAAUUAAAAGUGAUGGUAAUAGUAGGACAAAGGGGUUGUGGGGGCUGUUGAGGGCGGCGGUGGGGUGUGGCAGCCCACAUGCAGACGCCGUUGUAAGGGAAGGCCUUCUUUAUUAGCUGGUGUCAGUUCGAGUUGCCGAAUUUUGAUUGGUGCUCAGCUCACACGUGCGGGAUUUCUUAGGUAGCCCAGAUUGACCUUGCAAUCUUAAUUUGUGGGAUGUUCAUUGUAUUAUACACAUGGGGAGGAUAGGAGAAUAUUAUGAGGAAGCAUAUAUAAGAUAGUGACUUAUAUAACCAAAUUUUCGCAAUAUUAGAAUCCUACAUUUUGUAAUUUUAUUUUUUUGUAAUUGGAUGAAUGAAUAUGACUAAUUGGAACCCCAUAA